GCCCCUCCUUUGGCCCCCGGCGGAGGAAGGAGGCGGGAAGCGGCGCCGGGGCCCCUCCCUGGAGCGACGCGGCCCGCCCCGGCCCCGGCCCCGGCCCCACGCAGCUGGCGCAGCAGAGCCGAGCUCAAUGGCGGCCUCCAGCCCCUACAUCGUGAUUGGUGAUGAUGAAAAGGGUUAUGACCUGGACUUGUUCUGCAUACCUAAACAUUAUGUAGAUGAUUUGGAAAAAGUCUAUAUUCCUCACGGGCUUAUUAUGGACAGGACAGAAAGAUUGGCACGAGACAUUAUGAAGAGCAUGGGGGAGCAUCAUAUUGUAGCCCUCUGUGUACUGAAGGGUGGCUAUAAGUUUUUUGCUGAUUUACUGGAUUAUAUCAAAGCACUGAAUAGAAACAGUGACAAAUCUAUCCCUAUGACUGUGGACUUCAUCAGGUUGAAGAGCUAUUGUAACGAGGAGUCAACUGGAGAGAUAAAAGUAAUUGGUGGGGAUGACCUCUCAACCUUGACUGGAAAGAACGUCUUGAUUGUAGAAGAUAUAAUUGACACUGGUAAAACCAUGAAAACAUUGCUGUCUCUGCUGAAGCCGUACAAUCCAAAGAUGGUGAAAGUAGUCAGCUUGUUGGUAAAAAGAACUUCUCGAAGUGUGGGAUAUCGGCCUGACUUUGUUGGAUUUGAAGUGCCGGACAAGUUUGUUGUGGGCUAUGCCCUUGAUUAUAAUGAAUACUUUCGAGAUUUGAAUCAUAUUUGUGUGAUUAGUGAGACUGGGAAACAGAAAUACAAAGCUUGAGAGCAUAGUUCAAGUGCUAUAACAACAUUGCUUUGCAACAUUUUAUUUACUGAGUCCUAUCUUUGAACAGAUUCAAGUCUGGAACAUCAGCUAACUGUGUAGAAUGUCCCAGCCUCAUUUUCGUAUGCUCACUCUAUCUUAUUGCAUGUACAGUAUAAGAAACUUGUCUUGUUCAUUUAUGUUUUUGAAAUGUCAAAUAAUUAGUGCAAUUCUGAUUUUCAUUUGCACUAUGAAUCCUAUCGACUAUCGCUACCCCUUGAUGGGUUGUGUUGUUUGUGAGCUGCACUCUUGAAGUGGUGAAUUGCUUAAACCUAAUCAACACACAGCUGAAAUAAUUCAAAGUCCUGUUAAUGGAAGCCAUUUUAAGAUAGGGAAGUCUAUUAACAAUAUUUUGAAAUAUGUAAAUUUUAUUUUAAUGCACAGUUGUGAUUAUUGAUAACUGCACUCUUGGGGUGUUAGCAUGAGGAGCAGCCCGUUACAGUAUCUGUAAUCGCCACGGCUUGCGGAGUAGCCUUAUUGCCAUUAAAGGAAGGCUGAGUGAAAAAUGUCAGCUUGGGCCAAAAGGAGAUGGACUGACAACUGAAUGUUUAAAAACUAGUUCUCACGGAGCUGCCCUUUUCUUGUAGGUUAAUAUUUUCUUUAAAAUAUUUAUCACCCCAGUGGGAAUUGCCUUUUAAAUCUAAACAGCUAUAAUAUAUUUUACAUUUGUGAAAAAAUAUGGUAAUGUUUAUAAGAUCCACAGAGCAAAGUACUUUAAAUAAAGACUGUUUCUUUAAAAUAAAACCUAUUCACCUACACCCUCAUUGUAUACAUUAAACUGCUCUUGAAAUGUGCUUUUUUUCCCAAUUAUAUUUGGUCCUAAGGCUUUCUAACAGCGAAGGCAGACUCUCUGCCUUUGCUAGUUUCUCAAAGACUUCAGUUAAUUCUAGUAUACCAUAUUAUAGAAAAAAUAUAGCACUGGGGGGAAAAACAGAGAAAUGCUUCCAUGUGCUACACCAAACUAGAUUAACAGAAUAUAGUGUUUAAACACUGUUGUUUGGUCUGCUUUGACAAGGGAAAUAGUGAAGAUAAUUGCUUAUUAAACACAUACAUAUGGAAAUAUA